AUGAGGAGCAAGGACCGCCUCGAGGAGUUGAGGCAUCUGGCGAGCAGCGCGGGCGUCUACCACGACACGGUGGUGUCGGUGGACGCGGGCAAGGCGGCCGAGCACCAAGCUGACAUCGACGACCUCUUCAAAGAGGUAGAGGAAAUUCGGGGCUGGAUCCAUGACGUGAAUCACAACACACAACUCAUCCGGCGACUGCACUCGGACCCCACAUAUCAUACAAACAAACAGUUGCAGGAGCAGCUGGAGUCAGUGGUGCUGCAGUCGAACGCGGCGGCGAUGCGCGUGUGUGGCGCGUUGCGAGGUCUGGGGGCGCGCGCGGGGUCGGGUGCAGUGGCGGGCGGUCGCGGCACCGCUGGCCGCAUGGCGCGCCUGCAGUACUCCACCACGCGCCGCCUCUACGCCGACGCUCUUGACGCCCACCACCACGCACUGCACCUCCUCAAGGACCACCAACUACGUCUAUUGCAAGAUCAGAUCAAACUCACGAAUCUCACAAUAUCAGACGAAGAAUGCGAACAUCUCUUAGAAUCCAACAACAUAUGCCUAUUUGUCGAUAAUCUGCGCGCGGAGACGGCGGAGGCGCGGCUGGCGCUGCGCGAGGCGGAGGCGCGGCGCGAGGAGCUGGUACGCGUGGAGGCGUCACUGGCCGCCGUGCGCGAUCUGUUCCUGCAGCUCGCGCAUCUCGUCGCCGCACAGCAAGAACAAAUCGACACCGUAGAAUACUACGCGUUGCAAGCGAGCGAGCAUGUAGAGACUGGUGGCCAGCAUCUGCUCAAAGGCACUGUUAGUAGAAGAAAAGCUAAGAAGAAAAAGUUGGGUGUCAUUAUUUGCCUGACGGCAGGUAUCCUCAUAGUGCUGCUGGUGCUUGUCGGUACG